AUGGUGAAAUUGGUGACCGAGGGCGAGUAUGUGCCGUGGUACUCGCGACGAGCACCGCCGGUUUUCUGCUUCCCAUGCCUACCGGCGUAUAUGGGCAUCUGGCCAGCAAGAAAAUGCGUUUUGAUUCUUGGAACCUUGCUCUUCUUCUUUGGUGUCAUUAUCCUUCUGGCGAUGCUUCUCACUUGUAUCGCAGUCGAAUGUGCAGGAGUCGCGUCCGCUCUCAUCCCACUCGCGCUCAUCCUCCUCAUCGUCGGUCUUCUUCUAUUCCAUUGCGGCUACGCCGCUCAUCUUCUCGAUGAUCGCGGCCAGAUUCCAAUCAAGAAAACGACUACAACGACCACCACCACCCAAUACACCGAUCCAGAAUCACAUGAGGCCGAGCUCAGAUUAUUCGAGAACGUUGCCAGAGAACCGCUUCCAGAUGUCAAGCAAGGUUAUUGGCAAUUCGAUGAGAAGGAAUCAUGGCAAGCGGCUUCAAAUCCAUACCCAAUCCAACACACCCUCAAAAACUGCUUGGAACGUCUUCCAUACUAA